GAUGCGAAAAAGCUGCGGUUCUGGCAGAUGAAGGAAACGGAGAACGAGGACCGGAACUUCAUCCUGCCUUUGAAGACACAGCUUGUGCUCGUCCUUAUGAGGCUACGGCUGGGCCUUGACGGCCUUGACCUUGCGUACAGGUUUGGCGUUUCUACGUCAACCGUUUCGAGGAUCUGGGUAACAUGGCUGGAUUUUUUGGACAACAGGCUUCGCCAGGUCCCAACUUGGAUGCCUCCCCACCUGUGCGACAAGUACAGGCCACAAGCUUUCACUGACAAGGGCUACACCACUGUCGACGGCAUCCUCGACUGCACCGAAAUUUUCAUCGAAACCCCCUCGUCAUUCCGUGUACAGAGUGAGACCUAUUCCUCGUACAAAAAGCACAAUACUGCAAAAGGGUUAGUUGUGUGCAGCCCGAACGGCUUUGUUAUGUUCGUGUCCGAUCUUUCUCCUGGGAGGCUGUCUGACAAGGCCCUAACAAAGGCUUCCGGUGUGUUGGAAAAGUUCUCACCAGGGCGAAGUUUGAUGGCUGAUAGGGGGUUCACCAUCGAAGAAGAGUGCAAGGAACUUUCACUGCACUUGAACAUUCCGCCAUUCAUGGAAGGACGGCCUCAACUGUCUGAAGCAGAUGAAACUGAGACAAGGCUUAUUGCCAGUGUGCGCAUACAUGUGGAAAGGGUCAUUCGGAGGAUAAAGACCUACAGAAUACUCUCACAGGUGUUUCCAAACAGCAUGUCUGGACAACUGAACAAGGUGUGGCAUGUUUGCGCACGCUUGACAAACUUUGUGGGUGAGCCAUUGCUGUGAGCAGAUGUGAGUGAAGUCUGCAUGUCUGCUGAUAGGCUGCGCCA